AUAACCCAAGCCACUAUGUUAUGAAAUAGUGAUCACUGGAAUUGUGGCCUCGGUCUUCUCAUCAAACAGAGAUGAAGGUGCUGAUUGUGCUUAUAUUUCAGCUUUCCCAUUUGCUUGUCAAAGCAGAAUUCAAAGCUGAAUGUGACCUAGUUCCGGCUGACUUUGUGUUCCUGUUGGACUCUUCCGGAAGUGAAACUUCGAGAGGAUUCAAGACACAGCUGGCUUUCAUCUCCAACUUUACGUCAAACUUUGAAGUAGGACCAGACAAGGCUCAGUUCGCCGCGGUGACGUUUUCUACCUCGGUUUACAAAAACUUCUAUCUUAACGAGCACCAAGAUCAAGCCAGCGUGUUGGAUGCCAUCAACAAGAUUGCGUAUCGAGAUGGGGAAACAUACACUGAUUUGGGUCUGAACUAUGUCCGACAGAACAUUCUUCAGGACAGUCAUGGUGCACGACCUAACGUGGCUAAAUACGUCAUCGUCUUGACGGAUGGGCGGUCUAACGACAACUCUAGGACUGUAGACGCCGCCAUGAAACUGCACAAUGUUCCCAACGUCACAGUCAUAGCCAUCGGAAUCGGAAGAGGAAUUGACAAGAACGAACUCAAUAUAAUUGCCUCCGAUAGGAACCACACAUUUGUUGUGAAUAACUUCGAUCUUCUCCACACACUGCAAGUUGAACUUGUGGAUACAACCUGUACAUUGUGCGGCGACUACCCUGCUGAUAUCGCUUUCCUGAUCGAUUCCUCUGGAAGUGAAUUUGGGUCAAACUUUGAGAAUGAGAGGAACUUCGUCUCUAUGGUGGCCAGCGAGUUUAGUUACGGUUACAACGACACAUUGAUUGCCGUAUCACAGUUUGCAACGAGUGCUAGGACAGAAAUAUUCCUUAACCAGUAUCCAUCCAAAGACGCCCUUAUGCAGGCUAUUGCACGAAUACACUGGAUGAACGGAGAAUCCAACACACAUAUGGGACUGAGCGAAUUGAUUCGUUCCGUGUUCCACACAAAAGCACACCAUGUACACCACCAGACAGUAACCUAUGGUCCCCGAUCUCAGUCCGUGAAAAUAGCUAUAGUUCUUACAGACGGCCGAUCAUUAGAGCCCACACUGACAGAAAAAACUGCCAAACAACUCCAAGACAUGGGGGUGGAGGUAUUCGCUAUCGGAAUAGGAAAUCAUGUGGACUUCAAUGAAAUCCAGCAUAUAGCCUCCGACAGGGAUCAUAUAUAUCGUGUGCCAAGUACAGACGGUCUUGAUGGCAUUCAUACAAAAAUCGUAGAUGCAAUUUGUAAACUGAAGGUGCCUCCGCCUACCACAACGCCACUGCCCACAACAACAACGACACUGCCUACAACUACUGUGAAGCAAGCAUGUGGCCAAAAACCAGCCGACAUUGUUUUUCUUCUUGAUGCGUCCGAGAGCGAGAAGGCAGAGGGCUUCGCACAGGAGAUACAAUUCGUCUACAACUUUGCAAAAAGAUUUCAUAUCGGACCAAACAAUGUGCAGUUUGGAUCUGUUACCUUUUCUAGCAACAUCCGCAACGAUUUCUAUCUAAACACGUAUCACAGCCGACAUGAUGUUUUGAAUGCCAUCCAGAAAAUUGCGUAUAUGCAGGGAGGAACAAAUACUUCCUUUGGAAUCCAAUUCGUUCGAGAGAAUAGCUUUAAACCCCAAAAUGGAGGACGUUUAAACGCAACGAAGAUCGUGAUUGUGAUCACUGAUGGACAAUCGGCGGAUCCAGACGCCACAAAGCACGAGGCACGACUUCUUCAUCACCAAGGCGUGCUGGUGUAUGCGGUGGGAGUGGGUUCUGAGGUUGAUAACAACGAGUUAAAGGCCAUAUCUUCCAGUGGAACACCGAUUCUUGUAGGGGACUUUUCAUUGCUUCACGACAUUCAGACAUCCCUAGAAACAGCUGCUUGUCACGGGGGGACAUAACUACUUCGUUCCCUGACUUCAUUUAUGAGAUUGUUUUUUAAUGAUUAAAAAUGAGUUUCUCAACCA